AUGUGUUUUGGAGGAAGCAGCAACGAAAAACGGGUUCCUCGCAAGGUCAAACGCGUCAAAGGGGAUUCAUUCUCUGCCGUCGCAUAUGCCGACUGCAAAGAAGGGCCCAAGCCCACAUUCUUGUACAAUAAGCGAUCGUCCAACCCACGUGAGGCUCGCCGAGCUGCCAACUGCCGCUACUGGGGCCCCUUGUCCCGGGAGGAGCAGGAGUAG